AUGGUGGACAAGGCGGUGACUAUUCAGACAAGGAAGUUCAUGACCAACAAGCUCCUUUCCAAGAAGCAAUUCGUCAUUGAUGUUUUGCAUCCUGGGAGGCCCAAUGUAUCAAAGGCCGAGCUUAAAGAGAAAUUGUCAAGGAUGUACGAGGUGAAAGACUCGAAUUCCAUAUUUGUAUUCAAGUUCCGUAAUCAUUUUGGAGGUGGGAAGUCAACUGGGUUCGGGCUGAUUUAUGAUUCAGUUGAGAAUGCAAAGAAAUAUAUGCCAAAGUAUAGGCUUAUUAGGAAUAGACUGGAUACCAAGGUGGAAAAGUCAAGGAAGCAGUUAAAGGAAAGGAAAAACAGGGCCAAGAAAAUCCGAGGUGUAAAGAAGACUAAGGCUGGUGAUGCUGCCAAGGGCGGGAAGAAGAAGUGA